AUGAGACCUACUCAGAUCCUUCGAAGUGGCGGCGGCAACGAUGCCCCUCUCGGCAUGUACAACAAGUACAUUGGCGGCUGGGGUCAACUUGGCACCGCGGCCCAGAGCCAGAAGGGCAUCGUCACCUACGGCCUCGCCCCUAACCGACAGAACCCUUUCGCCGGCGCAGCCCACGCUGCCGUCUUCAACACGUGGCGACGGGCCAGCGCACAGGUUCUCUACGUCGUGCCUCCAUUCAUCGCCGCAUACUACAUCAUGAACUGGGCUGUUGACAGGAACCACUACCUGAACUCCAAGGCUGGUAUCGCCGAGUUCGGUGAUUCCGAGGAGUAA